CUUGUUCCUCCGCCGUUGCAAUGAACUAUUUUCUCUCAAUCGGGGGUGGUACUUUUGAGUAACCCCUUCCAAAUAGAACCCAUAGCAGCCUAUUUAGCUCGGUCUCCACUAUAUGAAGAUUUCCCAGGGCUUGGUGUGACGCAAAGUAUACGAGGCUCGGAAGGACACCCCGCGGAAGGAUCCGGUUUGUUGUGGUGUGGAGAGGGGGAGACGCUGACAAACCAAGAUGGCGGCGGCGGCGGCGAUGAAGGCCGCGGCGUUUGGGAGGUAAGUGUGGUGGCAAAGGCUGCGGUAGUGUGGAGGCAACGACACAGUUUGGAAGAAACGGAGCAGGACGAAGAGGCGGUAGCAGUAGCGUCAGCUUGAGACUCUCAGAGCACGACGGCCACACGCCCCCCUAGGCCCUCGGCGGGCGGCGGCUGCCCCGCUUAGGGCCUAGCCUCCGAGCAUUGCCUCGGCUUCAAACAGCGGCGGCGCCAUGAGUCCUUAAGGGCGGUGCAAACCCUCCUGAUCCCUGGCCCAGACCUCGGGCCCACCAUGGAGCCGGGGUCCGACGAUUUCCUACCGCCGCCGGAGUGCCCAGUGUUCGAGCCUAGCUGGGCCGAGUUCCGAGACCCUCUUGGCUACAUCGCGAAAAUCAGGCCCAUUGCAGAGAAAUCGGGCAUUUGCAAGAUCCGCCCACCUGCGGACUGGCAGCCACCCUUUGCUGUGGAAGUGGACAACUUCAGGUUUACCCCCCGAAUCCAGAGGCUGAAUGAGCUAGAGGCCCAGACGAGAGUGAAACUGAACUACUUGGACCAGAUUGCCAAAUUCUGGGAAAUCCAGGGCUCCUCCUUAAAGAUUCCCAAUGUAGAACGACGGAUCUUGGACCUCUACAGUCUCAGCAAAAUUGUGGUGGAGGAAGGUGGUUAUGAAGCUAUCUGCAAGGACCGUCGGUGGGCUCGGGUAGCCCAGCGCCUCAACUACCCACCGGGCAAAAAUAUUGGCUCCUUGCUACGCUCCCACUACGAACGCAUUGUUUAUCCCUAUGAAAUGUACCAAUCUGGAGCCAACCUUGUGCAGUGUAACACACGUCCAUUUGAUAAUGAGGAGAAGGACAAGGAAUACAAACCCCACAGCAUCCCCCUACGACAGUCUGUGCAGCCUUCCAAGUUCAACAGCUAUGGGCGGCGGGCCAAGAGACUGCAGCCUGAUCCGGAACCCACAGAGGAAGACAUUGAAAAGAAUCCAGAGCUGAAAAAGCUACAGAUCUAUGGGGCAGGCCCCAAGAUGAUGGGCCUGGGCCUCAUGGCCAAGGACAAGACUCUGCGGAAGAAAGAUAAGGAGGGGCCCGAGUGUCCCCCCACAGUAGUGGUGAAGGAGGAGUUAGGUGGAGAUGUGCAGGUGGAGUCAACUUCGCCUAAGACCUUCCUGGAGGGCAAGGAGGAGCUGAGUCACAGCCCAGAACCCUGCACCAAGAUGACCAUGAGGCUGCGGAGGAACCACAGCAAUGCCCAGUUUAUUGAGUCAUAUGUCUGCCGGAUGUGUUCUCGAGGGGAUGAGGAUGACAAGCUCCUGCUGUGUGAUGGCUGCGAUGACAACUACCACAUCUUCUGCCUGCUGCCUCCUCUGCCUGAGAUCCCCAAGGGUGUCUGGCGGUGCCCAAAGUGUGUCAUGGCGGAGUGUAAGCGGCCCCCAGAAGCCUUUGGCUUUGAGCAGGCUACCCGGGAAUACACUCUGCAGAGCUUUGGCGAGAUGGCCGACUCCUUUAAAGCUGACUACUUCAACAUGCCCGUGCAUAUGGUGCCCACAGAACUUGUGGAGAAGGAGUUCUGGAGGCUGGUAAAUAGCAUUGAGGAAGAUGUGACUGUUGAGUAUGGAGCUGACAUCCAUUCCAAAGAAUUUGGCAGCGGUUUCCCUGUCAGUGACAGUAAACGGCACCUAACCCCUGAAGAGGAGGAGUAUGCUACCAGUGGUUGGAACCUAAAUGUGAUGCCGGUGUUGGAACAGUCUGUACUGUGCCACAUCAAUGCAGAUAUCUCUGGCAUGAAGGUGCCCUGGCUCUACGUGGGCAUGGUCUUCUCAGCCUUUUGCUGGCAUAUUGAGGAUCACUGGAGUUACUCCAUUAACUACCUCCACUGGGGUGAGCCGAAGACCUGGUAUGGGGUGCCCUCACUUGCAGCAGAACAUUUGGAAGAGGUGAUGAAGAAGCUGACACCUGAACUAUUUGAUAGCCAGCCUGACCUCCUGCACCAACUUGUCACCCUCAUGAAUCCCAACACCCUCAUGUCCCAUGGCGUGCCAGUUGUCCGCACAAACCAGUGUGCUGGAGAAUUUGUUAUCACUUUCCCCCGUGCUUACCACAGUGGCUUCAACCAAGGCUACAACUUUGCCGAGGCCGUCAACUUUUGCACUGCCGACUGGUUGCCUGCUGGGCGCCAGUGCAUUGAACACUACCGCCGGCUCCGGAGAUACUGCGUCUUCUCCCAUGAGGAGCUUAUCUGCAAGAUGGCUGCCUGCCCAGAGAAGCUAGACCUGAACCUGGCGGCAGCUGUGCAUAAGGAGAUGUUCAUCAUGGUGCAAGAAGAGCGGCGUCUACGAAAGGCCCUGCUGGAGAAGGGCAUCACAGAGGCUGAGCGAGAGGCUUUUGAGCUGCUCCCAGAUGAUGAGCGCCAGUGUAUCAAGUGCAAGACUACGUGUUUCCUGUCAGCCCUGGCCUGCUACGACUGCCCAGACGGCCUUGUCUGCCUUUCCCACAUCAAUGAUCUCUGCAAGUGCUCCAGUAGCCGGCAGUACCUGCGGUAUCGGUAUACCUUGGAUGAGCUUCCCGCCAUGCUGCAUAAGCUGAAGGUUCGGGCUGAGUCCUUUGACACCUGGGCCAACAAAGUGCGAGUGGCCCUGGAGGUGGAGGAUGGGCGGAAGCGCAGCCUUGAAGAACUGAGGGCACUAGAGUCUGAAGCCCGUGAGCGGAGGUUUCCUAAUAGUGAGCUGCUGCAGCAACUAAAGAACUGCCUGAGUGAGGCAGAGGCUUGCGUGUCCCGAGCUCUGGGACUGGUCAGCGGCCAGGAAGCUGGCCCCCACAGGGUGGCGGGUCUGCAGAUGACCCUGGCUGAGCUCCGGGCCUUUCUGGACCAGAUGAACAACCUGCCUUGUGCCAUGCACCAGAUUGGGGAUGUCAAGGGUAUUCUGGAACAGGUGGAGGCCUUCCAGGCUGAGGCUCGUGAGGCCCUGGCCUCACUGCCCUCCAGUCCGGGGCUACUGCAGUCCCUGUUGGAGAGGGGGCGGCAGCUGGGGGUGGAGGUGCCUGAGGCCCAGCAGCUCCAGCGGCAGGUGGAACAGGCGCGGUGGCUGGAUGAGGUGAAACGCACACUGGCUCCCUCAGCCCGAAGGGGCACCUUGGCUGUCAUGCGAGGACUGUUGGUCGCGGGUGCCAGUGUAGCCCCUAGCCCUGCUGUGGAUAAAGCCCAGGCCGAGCUGCAGGAGCUGCUGACCAUUGCUGAACGCUGGGAGGAGAAAGCCCACCUCUGCCUGGAGGCCAGGCAGAAGCAUCCACCAGCCACACUUGAGGCCAUAAUCCGUGAAGCGGAAAACAUCCCUGUUCACCUGCCCAACAUCCAGGCUCUCAAGGAGGCUCUUGCUAAGGCCCGGGCCUGGAUUGCUGAUGUUGAUGAGAUCCAAAAUGGUGACCACUACCCGUGCCUGGAUGACUUGGAGGGCCUAGUAGCUGUGGGCCGGGACCUACCUGUGGGGCUGGAGGAGCUGAGACAGCUAGAGCUACAGGUACUGACAGCGCACUCCUGGAGGGAGAAGGCCUCCAAGACCUUCCUCAAGAAAAAUUCUUGCUACACGCUGCUGGAGGUUCUCUGCCCGUGUGCAGACGCUGGCUCAGACAGCACCAAGCGCAGCCGGUGGAUGGAGAAGGAGCUGGGGUUGUACAAAUCUGACACAGAGUUGCUGGGGCUGUCUGCGCAGGACCUCAGGGACCCAGGCUCUGUGAUCGUGGCCUUCAAGGAGGGGGAACAGAAGGAGAAGGAGGGUAUCCUGCAGCUGCGUCGCACCAAUUCAGCCAAGCCCAGUCCACUGGCGUCAUCGACCACGGCCUCCUCUACAACCUCUAUCUGUGUGUGUGGGCAGGUGCCGGCUGGGGCGGGAGCUCUGCAGUGUGACCUGUGUCAGGACUGGUUCCAUGGGCGGUGUGUGUCAGUGCCUCGCCUCCUCAGCUCUCCGAGGCCCAAUCCCACCUCAUCCCUACUGCUGGCCUGGUGGGAAUGGGACACCAAAUUCCUGUGUCCACUGUGUAUGCGCUCAAGGCGCCCACGCCUGGAGACCAUCCUGGCACUGCUGGUAGCCCUGCAGAGACUGCCUGUGCGGCUGCCUGAGGGCGAGGCCCUACAGUGCCUCACAGAGAGGGCCAUCAGCUGGCAAGGCCGCGCCAGGCAGGCUCUGGCCUCUGAAGAUGUGACUGCUCUGUUGGGACGGCUGGCGGAGCUCCGCCAACAGCUACAGGCUGAACCCAGACCUGAGGAGCCUCCUAACUACCCUGCAGCCCCUGCUUCUGACCCCCUCAGAGAGGGCAGUGGCAAGGAUAUGCCUAAGGUCGAAGGCUUACUGGAGAAUGGAGACAGUGUGACCAGUCCUGAGAAGGUAGCCCUGGAGGAGGGCUCAGGUAAGAGAGAUCUGGAGCUGCUGUCCUCGCUAUUGCCACAGUUGACUGGCCCUGUGUUGGAACUGCCUGAGGCCAUCCGGGCCCCCUUGGAGGAGCUCAUGAUGGAGGGGGACCUGCUCGAGGUGACCCUGGAUGAGAACCACAGCAUCUGGCAGCUGCUGCAGGCUGGACAGCCCCCAGACUUGGAGAGGAUCCGCACACUUCUGGAGCUGGAGAAGGCAGAGCGUCACGGGAGUCGGGCUCGGGGCCGGGCCCUGGAGAGGCGGCGGCGGCGGAAGGUGGAUCGGGGUGGGGAGGGCGAUGACCCAGCCCGAGAGGAGCUAGAGCCAAAGAGGGUACGGAGCUCAGGGCCAGAGGCUGAGGAGGUCCAGGAGGAGGAAGAGCUGGAGGAGGAGACUGGGGGUGAGGGCCCCCCUGCACCCAUCCCCACCACUGGCAGCCCCAGCACCCAGGAGAACCAGAAUGGCUUGGAACCGGCGGAAGGGACCACUUCAGGCCCCUUGGCCCGUUUCUCCACUCUGAGUCCCCGGCUGCAUCUGCCCUGCCCACAGCAGCCGCCUCAGCAACAGUUGUGACAGUGGCUGAGCCUAGCACAGACCCUGACAGAGACCCCCCCCGCCUCGGCCUCAAGGAUCCUCUUUCUGACCAUCAAGCCUGCUUCUUAGGGGGUGGGCAGGUAGGGGGGUGGCCAUCCCCCCUACCCGCCCACCCCUGAGUCCCUUGACUUUUGUAUUCUGACUCCAAGGUAUUGUUCAGACCUCAGCUCCUGGGGGCCAGCCCCUGGAGUCUUCCCUCCCUGGUAGCCUCUAACCAGCAUUCCCAGACACCUGAGGCAGAUAGAUGGAUGGGCUGGUGGGCAGGGGGGUGGCUGGGGCUGGGCCAUCACCAUUCCAGAGACAAGGCCAGUGUAUAUGCAAACUGGGGGACUCUCCUCUCCCUUCUCUCCCCAGUUCUGGUCCUGGCCAGGCCAUGCUACACUAACCCCUGCCCUCACUCUCCUCCCCUCUUUUCCUUCCUUCCUACCCCCUUCUCCCUCUCCCUUCCCCUGACUGUUCCACCCAGGAGGAGGAAACUUCACAUAGCCGUGCUCACAGUUUUUUAUUUUAAAUGAAUUUGGCUGGGGAGCUGAACAGGGCUCCCUGUGAUCUGAAGAAAGCUUUUGGUGCUUGUCCUCACAACCACCUCAGUCCUCCCUCCCUGUCCUCCCCUGUCUCCUUUCCUCCUCCUGGGUUCAUGUUGUAAUAAAAAAAGAUUGUUGGUGUGUAAUUAAUUUGUUCAAAAGAAAAAAAAAAGCAAAACAAGAAACUUGGUUCCAACUGAAGCCUAUUUUAAUUUUAUUUUAUUAUUUUCCUCUUGUUAGAAAUAAAACCCUUAGAAACAUUUUUUGGAAACAUGUUUCUGAAGUGCAUUUCUCUUAGACGGGGAGAACAGUGCUUCUAUCACCAGUCAGUGGAGCAGCUGUAGUGCUGGCGGGAGCACUAGGGCUGAAGCCAGGGAGCUCUGGGUUCUGAAAUCAAGUUCCACCAGCUUCUUAACCUUGGGCAAGACAUUCUGAUCCUCCCCUGACUAACCCCAAGCCAUUUUCCCUCAAGUCCAAACAGAUGGGCUCAGCCCGCUCACCCAGACUCCUACACCACAGCCUCCCCCAGUUGAUGCCCUCCAGUUUAUCCUCCUCAAGCUCCCAAAGGGAUUUUUUUUUCAAUGGCUUUAUUGAGAUAUAAUUUACAUACCAUAAAAUUCACUUGUUUGAAAUGUACAAUUCAGUGAUUUGGGGGAUUUCUAAAGUGUAGAUCUGAUUAUAUACUGCUUAAAACCUUCCAUGAUGCUUUAUUGCCCUUAAGAUUAUACAUAGAAUCUCGUUCUUUCUAGAAUGUUUUCCUGUCUAACCCAUAUACUGCAUAAUUCCCUGAUUUUUCUCCACAGGUUAUGCCCCUGAUGAAUAGGGACUAAAGCUCAGAUGUGUGGUCAUUUGCAACCCCUGAGUUCACUUUUUAAAGACAGCUUAUUGAGAUACAAUGUACAUACCAUACAGUUCACCCACUUAAAAGUAUACAAUUAAAUAGCUUUUAGUCUAUUCAGAGUUGUGCAGCCAUCAUUGCAAAAAAAAAAAAAAAAAAAAAUUUAGAACAUUUUCAUCACUGCAGAAAGAAACUCCAUAUCCCUUAGGCAUCCUUUACCCCUCAUCCCAUUUGCCUAUUUGGGACAUUUUACAUAAAUGGAAUCGUAUAAUA